CCGGAAGAAGGUCAAUCGCCACUACAUUCAAGAUGGCGUCCCCCUUGUGUCGGUGUUAUCAGAUCUGUCUUAGGAGAUACUCUGCGGCAUUCCCUUCCUCUUUCUCGCUGCUGCACAACAGAGCAAAUGUCUUCAGAAUACGGAACCAUCUCACAAGCUCUUCCCAGGUGCUGCAGUCUUCACGUCUUCAGGUCAGAUAUUUGUCAGCGGAGCGAGGCGGUGGAAGAAAAGGUUUCCUGGGCGAAUUCCUGGACAACCUGAAGCAGGAGAUCAGCAAAAACAAGGAAAUGAAAGAAAACAUCAAAAAGUUCCGUGAGGAGGCCAGAAAGCUGGAGGAGUCGGACGCUUUGAGGCAAGCUCGCAGGAAAUAUAAAACAAUUGAAUCUGAAACUGUGAAGACCUCAGAGGUCCUCAAGAAGAAGCUAGAAAACCUCUCCGACACAGUAAAGGAGGGCUUGGAGGAGGUCGGUCGUACGGAUAUUGGGAAGAAGAUCAAGGAGGGAAUGGAAGAGGCGGCCAAAACAGCAAAGACCUCCGCAGAGACCGUCUCAAAGAGCAGCGAGAUGCUGGGAAAAACCGGCGCGUUCAAAGCAAUAUCACAGGGUAUGGAGAGUGUAAAGAAAGAGAUCGGUGACCUGGGCCACACCGGCCCCUACCGACCUCCUGCCCGACUCAGGAAGAGGAGCGAGUUCUCCUCCAAGGGGUCAUCGGGUGACAACAAAGUCUUCGAAGCCAAUGAGGAAGCCACGGGCGUGGUGCUCCACAGGGACUCCAGAUGGUACCAGCAGUGGAAGGAAUUUAAAGACAACAAUGUGGUCUUCAACAGGUUCUUUGAAAUGAAGAUGAAGUACGAUGAGAGUGACAACGCUUUCAUCAGAGCAUCGCGGGCCGUCACCGACAAAAUGACCGACCUCAUCGGUGGGCUUUUCUCCAAGACCGAGAUGUCGGAGGUACUGACAGAGAUUUUGAAGGUGGACCCGUCCUUUGACAAGGACUCUUUCCUCAAGCAGUGUGAACAUGACAUCAUCCCCAAUAUUUUAGAGGCAAUGAUCCGAGGGGAGCUGGAGGUGCUCAAGGACUGGUGUUAUGAAGCGACAUACAGUCAGCUGGCACACCCCAUCCAACAAGCCAAGGCCAUGGGACUCCAGUUCCACUCCAAGGUCCUGGAUGUCGAUAGCAUCGAUUUGGCCAUGGGAAAGAUGAUGGACCAGGGUCCGGUGCUGAUCAUCACUUUCCAAGCUCAGCUGGUGAUGGUUAUACGAAACACCAAAGGAGAGGUGGUGGAGGGUGACCCUGAAAAAGUUCUGAGGAUGAUGUACGUGUGGGCGCUCUGUCGAGACCAAGAGGAGCUCAACCCCAACGCCGCCUGGAGACUACUUGACAUCUCCGCCUCAAGCAGCGAACAGAUCCUUUGAGAUAUGCACGAAUGCUCGCUCAGGGAGAAGAUAUUCUGGAAGCUCAGAUGGGCAGAAAAGGCGUAUGGAUGGAUGCGCCUCAUGGACAAGUUCACCUCAUGGAGUAGUGGUGCUGAGGCCGGCAGAGGUCUCCUCUCUCGCUCACAAGGGGGCGGUAGAGUACCAACCUGGCAUCCCACCUAAUGUGCAGGACGCUUCUCCCCAAUUUAAGGGAAGAAUGAAGUCCUUGACUGCAUCAUUCUACAGCACAAUCAAUCCCAUGUUUGUAUAAUUAUCACCCACUGUAAUUGUUAACCUCUCAGAGUCUAUAUUUAUGAUGAAAAUGAAAGAUAAUCCCUGUCUCCCAACCCUAGUUGGCGUUUUUUUGCUAAUAAAUGUCCUGUUGAUAAGAAUCAAAUACACGCUACAAGCAUUUUUUUAAUUAAAAGUCCACUUUUUGGGCUCUACUAAUUUCUGCAGUUAUUUUUACACUCAAAUCAGUAUUGUAAUACAGUAAAGUCUCGUUAUAUCGAUAUCGGUUAUAACGAAUUACUGCUUAUUACGAUACUAUUUUCAUUUCCCGGCAAAUUUCUAGUCUUUUAUGACAUAAUUAGUUCCGUUAGUAGAUACCCGGUUAUUAUGAUAAUCCGGUUACUACGAUGUCCUUCUCAUCUCCCGCCAGCCAAUUUGGUCUGCUUAUAUCGAUACAAAA